AAAUUAACCUCUCAUCAGUAGUAAUCCAAAGCUAGGGAGUCAGGUCAAGUGAUAAUGAAGCGAUUCGGCCUAUUUACAGUACUGUGCGUGUUGGGAGUUCAGGCUCUCGCAGAUCGUACACCUAGAAUAAUUAAUGGACACACUGCUCCUCAUCAGCCUUACAAUGCGUAUGUGCAAUACCUGAAUGCCCAAAAUGCUGGUUUCUUCGGAGGCGGUUCGAUCAUCUCCGACCGUCAUAUCAUUACGGCUGCUCAGAACAUUCUAGGGUUUGUUCGAUGGGAUAUUGGACUUGGAUCGAACAUGUUCACUCAGUUGUCCAUGCUUACAACCACCACGGCUACUGCUCAUCCGAACUUCAAUUCUGCAAACCGUGCAAACGACAUUGGUAUUAUCACACUAGUGAAUUCUCUCGUGUUCACGACGACCAUCGCUCCGAUAGCGCUUCCAGCUUUGAAUGAAGUAACUCAACUACCACUCGAAAAUGAACAAGGAACUAUUGUGGGAUUCGGUUUCACAACAGCAGCCUCGACUGCAAGAUCCGAUUUCCUGUUGCGAGCGUUCCAACGUGUCACAAACGAUGCUCGCUGUCAGCAAUUCUACCAAAUUACGCUACCGAAUCAUUUCUGUGCCGAAGAUACAGUUGAACGAGCCAAUGUUUGCAACGGAGACAUCGGAGCAGGAUUCGUAACGAACGUCCGUGGAAACAACCUACUGACAGGUAUUGCUUCACUGAUCACACACGGUUGUGAUAUGCAGAGUCCAACCGGAUACACUCGCAUUUCUGCGUUUAGACAAUGGAUUCAAUCUGUCACCCAAAUUUAAGAAAGGAACAUAAAUGUUAAUGUGAUAUUUUAAAGUUAAUGGUGCAUAUACAGAAGAAAUUGUCGGCA